UUUCAUCAAUCCUGGUAAUCAGAAAAUAUCACAAUUCUAAAAUGGAAAAUUCAGAACAACUCAUAGUUUCAAAAUUUUUUGGCGAUGCGUCUAUUAAGCUCCAAAUCCUUAAUGUAAACCCAUCGGCCAACGACGAAAUAGUCGAUGAAAAUGGCAAUUUCUCAAUCCGUGAGUUAUUGGAAGCGAAGAUCCAGCACCUAUCUAUGUUAGGUAGCUGUCUAUUGAGUUAUAGAGACGGGUCGCUUCUGAGUACCAGCGAGGAGCUGCAAUACUCGGAAUCGGAAGAUUCUUGGACCCUUAUGGAUGAGAUGCGUCAGACAUUCUAUCAGAGGGAGAGACGGAUGCUUGCCAGACAGUUGGAAAAUUUGAGGCGGCUUCUUGAUUUAACGCAUCAUGAUUAUUUUGAAGAAUGGGUUAGUGAGAUAUCAAAGAAUAUCGUCGUAAAAAAGUGGGAAUCUGCGCGAAUAGAGCAGUUCUCCAAAGUACUAACCAAUCGCAGAGAAGAUUUUCUGAAGUCAGCUCGUGACACUGAAACGAACAAUCGAACCGCCCUAAAAGCUUGUCAUUUGAUCGAUACAUUCUACACGAGGCGCAUGGACGAACUUUCGGAUUGCAUCGAAGAAUGGAGUGAACGAUUCGACCGUGAAAAAGAUGACCUAGAUGGCCGUUUUCAGCGGGGUAGAGCACUGAAACGGCAGUGGGAAGACAUGCAGGCGGAAUCUGAAUGGCGUCGGGAGGAAAUUAUUCGACUGGAAGAAUUGGAACGGUACCACGAGGAACGGAUCACACGCAAGGAAGCCGCUACGAAGAUUCAGUUCUGGUGGCGCGCUGUCAUGGAACGAUUAGGAAUAAAACCGAGAAGGAAACGAAGGAAGAGAAGGAAGUGUAAAAAGAAGAAAGGAAAGAAGGGUGCGAAAGGUAAGAAGGAAGCGAAAGAUAAACAGGGCAAAAAGGAUAUGAAAUUGCAACGAAAGAAAAAGUUUUAAAAUAUAAUAAACAGUUA